GGCUUGUCACCGCAACUUCCGGCGCUCAUUCUUUUCGACACGCGAUUCACUGAGAAACGUGGAUCAUCUGCGAGUUUUCACAAAAAGGUGAAUUCCAAGUCGGGAACAUGGUGAACCAGCGCAUCCCGUCUGUCUUCUCCAAGACGUACGUGACCCCUCGUCGGCCGUACGAGAAGGCCCGUCUCGAUCAGGAAUUGAGAAUCAUCGGCGACUAUGGUCUGCGCAACAAGCGCGAGGUGUGGCGAGUGAAGUACACUCUGGCCAAGAUCCGGAAAGCCGCUCGUGAGCUGCUGACACUGGAGGAGCGCGACGACAAGAGAUUGUUCCAAGGAAAUGCCCUACUGAGGCGUCUGGUGCGCAUUGGAGUGCUGGAUGAGUCUCGCAUGAAGCUCGAUUACGUGCUGGGCUUGAAGAUCGAGGACUUCUUGGAGCGUCGCCUUCAGACUCAGGUGUUCAAGUUGGGCUUGGCCAAGUCCUACCAUCAUGCUCGUGUCCUCAUCCGUCAGAGACACAUUCGCGUCCGCAAACAGGUGGUGAACAUCCCAUCGUUCAUCGUCCGUCUGGACUCGCAGAAGCACAUUGACUUCUCCGUGAAGUCACCAUUCGGUGGCGGACCACCUGGCCGUGUUAAGAAGAAGAACCUGAAGAAGGAUCAGGGUGGAGCGGCUGUUGAUGAAGAUGAAGAAGAUUAAGCUCAGCUGCUGUGCAUUGACUUAAAUGCAGAAUAAAGUCUCUGAAGACAGAAUA